GAGCCUCGGGCCAGUCACCCUGUCUGAUGUGACCAUUAACCUUUCGGAAGAUGCAGCUGGCCUCCCUCUGAGUUCGGCCGCUGGGAUGUGAGGCUGGCCCCGCAGACCCUGCGCAGACGUCUCGCUGACAAGUUGGGCUCGCUUUCAGAGCGAUUUGCUCCACUCGCGUGUGGCAGAGAGAAAGAAAAAAAAAAAAAAAUGAGAUUUCAACUACUUCUUCUCGCAUUUCUUAUUUUUAUGAUGAGCCUUCUUUUCAUCCACGGACAGAGGCCAGUGAAUUUGGCCCUGAGAAGAAAACUGCACAGGCAUAACUGUUUUCAGAGGAGAUGCACACCACUCCAUUCCCGAGUGCCCUUCCCCUGAGAAAUCUAGCUGAUUUCCUUGAUUUCUGCCAGAAAGAAGAGAAGGAGUGAAGGAAAGAUUCGCAACCACCCAAAAUAACUUCAACGUGGCAACAGAACAAUUGCUUAGAAGUUAUUGUACAAAGCUGGGCGUGGUGGCGCACGCCUUUAAUCCCAGCACUCGGGAGGCAGAGGUAGGAGGAUCACCUUGAGUUCAAGGCCACCCUGAGACUACAGAGUGAAUUCCAGGUUGGCCUGGGCUAGAGCGAGACCCUACCUCGAAAAACCAAAAAAAGAGAGAAGUUACUGUACAGAAAGGAAGUGUCUGGAAGGACCUGGGAUGGUUUCUUGGUCCACAAAUGGUCUUCUUCCUGAAGAAGUAACAUGCGUGGAGGGCUGACCGCAGCUGGAACACACUUAUUUCUCUACAGAACAAUAAUCUCUCUUGGCUUUCUGCACAUUAUUUUUUAUGAGAAUAUAUUCAUUGUACAUAGGGAUGGGAUUCAUAAAGCUAUUUUCCUACAAGUA